AUGGGUAAAUGCUGUAGUUGUCUUAAAAAGUCAACCGAUGAGACUACAAUUUUACCAAUUGCUGAUAAUGAGCGUGAGGCUGUAACUCUUCUGUUAGGCUAUCUAGAAGAUAAAGAUCAUUAUGAUUUUUAUUCUGGCGGUCCAUUAAAAGCUUUAACGACGUUAGUAUAUUCAGAUAAUUUAAAUCUUCAAAAAAGUGCAGCAUUAGCAUUUGCUGAAAUUACUGAAAAAUAUGUUAGACCUGUUUCUAGAGAUGUUUUAGAACCAAUUUUAAUAUUAUUACAAAGUCAGGAUCCUCAAAUUCAAGUUGCUGCUUGUGCGGCCUUGGGUAACUUGGCUGUCAAUAAUGAAAAUAAAGUUUUAAUCGUUGAUAUGGGUGGUUUAGAACCUUUGAUAAAGCAAAUGAUGGGCAAUAAUGUGGAGGUUCAAUGUAAUGCUGUCGGUUGUAUUACAAACUUAGCUACGCAGGAUGAUAAUAAGCAUAAAAUUGCUACUUCAGGAGCCCUGGUGCCUUUAGCUAAAUUAGCAAAAUCCAAACACAUCAGAGUACAGAGGAAUGCUACGGGUGCUUUGUUAAAUAUGACGCAUUCUGGAGAAAAUAGAAAGGAACUUGUAAAUGCAGGUGCUGUUCCCGUUCUGGUUUCCCUAUUAUCUUCUGUAGAUCCAGAUGUUCAAUAUUAUUGUACCACUGCAUUAUCGAAUAUUGCUGUAGAUGAAGAAAACAGAAAGAAGUUGUCUCAAACAGAACCAAGAUUAGUUUCAAAAUUAGUAUCCUUAAUGGACUCUCCCUCAGCGAGAGUUAAAUGUCAAGCCACUUUGGCAUUGAGAAAUUUGGCUUCAGAUACUAGCUAUCAGUUGGAAAUUGUUCGUGCUGGUGGGUUACCUCAUUUAGUUAGAUCCAUUCAAAGUGAUUCAAUGCCUCUAAUUUUAGCAAGUGUUGCUUGUAUUAGAAAUAUCUCUAUUCAUCCAUUAAAUGAAGGUUUAAUUGUGGAUGCUGGUUUCUUAAAACCAUUAGUAAAAUUAUUAGAUUACACAGACUCCGAAGAAAUACAAUGUCAUGCAGUUUCCACCUUAAGAAACUUGGCUGCAUCUUCUGAAAAAAACCGUAAGGAAUUUUUAGAAAGUGGUGCAGUUGAAAAAUGUAAAGAAUUGGCAUUGUCCUCUCCAAUAAGUGUGCAAAGUGAAAUUUCUGCUUGUUUUGCUAUUUUAGCUCUAGCUGAUGUUUCAAAACUAGAUUUAUUAGAUGCUGGUAUCUUGGAUGCAUUAAUACCAAUGACAUUUUCUGAUAAUCAAGAAGUAUCAGGAAAUGCUGCUGCUGCAUUGGCUAAUCUAUGUUCUCGAAUUAAUAACUAUGAAAAAAUACUGGAUGCUUGGGAAAGCCCUUCUACUGGUAUCCGCGGCUUCUUAGUCAAUUUUCUGAACAGUAAUUAUGCCACAUUUGAACACAUAGCAUUGUGGACGAUUUUACAACUUUUAGAAAGUCAUAAUGCAAGAGUCUUAGAAUUGGUAAAAAACGAUACAGAAUUGAUUGAUGGUGUUAAGAAAAUGGCCAAGUCCACUUAUGAAAGAACAAAGAAAUCAAAUACUAUUAAUAAAGAUAAUGAUAUGAACGGUAAUAAUGGCUCAACUCUGGAUAAAAAUAAUAUUAACAGUUCAAAUAUAAUUAAUAAUGAUGAUUUGACUACAUCGGGCUCUACUGAUCAACAAGAGGAUAACACCGUUGAUCUAUAUAACAUUACUCAACAAAUUUUGCAAUUUUUGAUAUAA